CAGGGGGAGGAGAGGGUGGCGGCGGGGCCGGUGCGGAGCAGCCGAGCGCCGCGGGGAGGGGUGUCAGCUUCGGCGCGUGGGGGAUUUUAAUCCGAUUCCGGCCGGCCCGGAUUUUAUUGGGAGCGGGUUUUAAAGCGCCUGUCGUCCCUUUCGCCUCUGCGGACGGGGCAGCAUGUCCGAAGCGGAGCAGCAGUUGGCGGCCGCCACCGGCGCCACCCAGAACGGGCACGAAGCGGCCGAGAACGCCGGAGAGCAGCAGGCCGAAACCGGCGGGGCCCCGGCGGCGGCGGGCGCAGCAACAGCGAGCACAGCGACGGCGGGACCGGCAGCGGCGGGAGCCGCACCGGCGGCAGGAACAGCGGGGACGGCCGCUAGCCAGAAUGGAGCCGAAGGCGACCAGAUCAACGCCAGCAAGAACGAGGAGGACGCGGGGAAGAUGUUUGUUGGCGGCCUCAGCUGGGAUACAAGCAAAAAAGACUUGAAAGAUUACUUCACCAAAUUUGGUGAGGUAACUGACUGCACGAUAAAGAUGGACCCUAACACAGGAAGAUCCAGAGGCUUUGGAUUUAUUCUCUUCAAAGAACCUGGGAGUGUUGAAAAGGUUCUGGAACAGAAAGAACACAGGCUAGAUGGACGACUAAUUGACCCCAAGAAGGCCAUGGCAAUGAAAAAGGAUCCAGUGAAGAAAAUAUUUGUUGGUGGACUUAACCCAGAAGCCACAGAAGAGAAAAUCAGGGAAUACUUUGGAGAGUUUGGAGAGAUUGAAGCAAUUGAACUUCCAAUGGAUCCAAAGACCAACAAAAGGAGGGGGUUUGUGUUCAUCACUUUCAAGGAAGAGGAUCCAGUGAAGAAGGUUUUGGAGAAGAAAUUCCAUAACGUCAGUGGAAGCAAGUGCGAGAUUAAGGUAGCACAGCCAAAAGAAGUAUACCAGCAGCAGCAGUUCAGUAGUGGUGGAGGAAGAGGUAGCUAUGGAGGAAGAGGCAGAGGUGGAAGAGGCGGCGCUCAAAGUCAAAAUUGGAAUCAAGGUUAUGGCAAUUACUGGAACCAGGGUUAUGGGAAUCAAGGAUACGGCUAUCAGCAAGGUUAUGGUGGCUAUGGAGGCUAUGAUUAUUCAGGAUAUGGGUAUUAUGGAUAUGGACCAGGCUAUGAUUACAGUCAAGGCAGUGCAAAUUAUGGGAAGACACCAAGACGUGGUGGUCAUCAGAAUAACUACAAGCCAUAUUGAUCAAACUUAUUCAGGCCUGGCAGUGGUCACAGUUGAUGCCUACAAGCACUGGAUAUUCCCCAAGUUGAAGACGGAAUACUGACUUGUUUACCUGAAGAGAAUAGGACUUCGGGGCAUUUCCUCAGAGAAAAAUAUAAAUUUUAAUAUAAUUUCAUAAGCUUUGGAGGUUAGCUUGUCUUGUAGCUUCAGUGAUAUCAAACUUCUUCAAGUAGGAGCUAGAUAGAAAGCUGUUUAGUUUUUGCCAGCGUAUGUAAAACAAGACUUUUCUAUCUGCAUCGUAGAUUGUUUGUGGACACUUCCAGAUUCUUGUGCUUUCUGCAGUCAUUCUGGGGACUGAACUCUCAUUGCUGUUGGCAGAGGUUCCAUCAACAGGACACACCUGCAGGAAUUUGAGUGUAGAAGCCCACAGCGUGGUUUGGAGUAGUGAAUUGCUUUUAGUUUGGAGAUGGCUGGGGGAGCUGGGAAGAGCAAACUGUUCAUUGAGGGAACAAUUACAGAUCUUCUUCCCAGUGACAUCAAUGAGAGACUUGCCUUCAACCUUCCACAGGAGAAGAGUUUUCCUUUUUUUUUUUUUUUUUUAAGCUUUAAUUUGGGACAGUAAAAGGGGUUUUUCAAAAGCACUAGAAGCCAGUGGGAGCUUCUUCACCUGCUCCUUAUGCCUUUAAAAACCCCUGCACCAAAAGUGGUAGCUAACAUGAAAUGGAAGUAAAUAAAAUGCAUUUUCAUUGCUGUUUUGAGUUACAUAAUUCUUGUUUCUUGAUUUGUUAGAAUUGAUCUGAGUUGACAUGGAUUUAAUCUGUAUGGUGACCAAGAAAGUGGUCAGUAACUGGUGAAGAUGCAAAGUACAGCCACAAAGCAAGCAAUGCAUAGGCAUAGCCCUUAAACAGCUAACAAAGACAGGUAACAGAAGUUCACUGCCUACAGCUCUAAGUCUUCUGUGUCCACAUCUACCAAGCCAGGUGGCCGGUUCAGCUUGUACCAGCAGAUAACAAAUGCUCCCAGCUGACUAAAGGAAUAAGCUCAAGGACACCUAAGACCCUGUCACAGACACACAAGAACUCACAGACAGCAGUCAAACGUCACUGAGCCUGUUCCUGCUGUUCUUCAGAGUAGCAGAGCAAGAGCUAGCAGAGCACUAGGUCAGCUUGUACUGGGCAGACAGCCCCUGCACGGUCACAUCCCUCUCUCAAGCCCUCUCUGGCAGUAGCUGCUGUAAGAGAUGCAGUGGAACUGGGAUUUAACAGGGUUCACAUCUACUC